CUCAACACCGACACCCUCGGACUUGUGGUGCGACAACGUUGUAGUCUCUGUGCAGUGUGCACGUUAUCCAAGCGCCAAUUCACUCUCACUAGAUAUGCUUGACUUUUUUCAUAAACGCCAAACUAACUCCGGGCAUCCACUGACGCCUACUAAUACUCCCCUCCUCCGCCGCCGUCCGUCGCCUUUCACCGCCACCAUUUAACUGAAAUCUUAGGAUUUUUGUGUUUCCCUCUUUCUCUAUGGGUGAGCAGACCCGGACUCAGACCCAAACCCUACCCGAUUCCGACUCCCAACCGCUGACGGACCCUAAUGCAGAUUCUGGACUUGGAUCGGACCCGGCCCUUCUCGCCGACGCGCCGAUUGAUAUCCCUCGUAAUCACUCCAAUCCUUCCAAAAUCCCUAUUCGCCCCCAGAAAAUCCGAAAACUUUCAACCGCCUCCUCUGUUGAGGGAGGCGAUCAGAAGCCCCCGGAGGCCACCGCCGAUCCCUCUUCUUCCUCUCCACUCAAGGCGCUCACUCCCGCCACUUCCGCCGCCUCAACGUCCACUGUUUUAACCGCAACCGCGUCUACAACCUCCAGGAAUCGCCGGAAAGCUGUGGCUCAAAUAUCUAGGGUUUUGCCCCAAAUCGUCAAGCCUUUAUCAGCCGAUGGUGAAAUUGAGCUCGCCCUCCGCCAUCUUCGAGCCGUCGAUCCCCUCCUUGUGUCCCUGAUCGACACCCUCACACCGCCAACGUUUGAAACGCGCCACCCACCGUUCUUAGCUCUGACGAAGAGUAUUCUUUACCAGCAAUUGGCGUAUAAGGCCGGCACUUCUAUAUACACGCGAUUCAUCUCACUAUGUGGCGGGGAGAAAGCUGUUCAUCCUGACACCGUCCUCUCCCUUUCUGCUCAACAGCUCAAGCAAAUUGGAGUCUCGGGCCGAAAAGCAAGCUACCUCUAUGACCUUGCAAACAAGUACAAGUCUGGGAUUUUAUCUGAUGAUACUGUUGUUAAAAUGGACGAUCGUUCAUUGUUCACAAUGCUAUCAAUGGUUAAAGGCAUCGGCUCGUGGUCGGUUCACAUGUUCAUGAUCUUUUCACUUCACAGACCAGAUGUUUUGCCUGUAAGCGACUUGGGAGUAAGGAAAGGGGUACAAUUGCUGCAUGGAUUAGAGGAGUUGCCAAGGCCAUCUCAGAUGGAGCAGUUGUGUGAGAAAUGGAAACCCUAUAGGUCAGUCGGGGCAUGGUACAUGUGGCGGUUUGUAGAAGGAAAGGGGACGCCAGCUUCCGCUGCAGCAGCAUUAGACGGUAGUAGCGUGCAGCCAUUGCAGCAACUUGAUCCCGAGCAGGAUGCACAGCAACAGCACCAAUUGCAACUUCUGGAGCCAAUUAACGGCAUUGGAAAUCUUGGGGCUUGCAUUUGGGGCCAAUAAUUGAGGUUUGAGUUUCAGUACUCAUGGUCAUAGAGUUUAACAUUGGAGAGACUCUAAUGAUGUUCUUGUGAAAGCCUAGGAUUAAUUUUAGCACAGUGCUUGUGGGGAGAAUGGAUCCUACCGCCUAUAAGAUCUUCUGGUCAGACAUUGUACUGUUUUAGACUUUUAGCUGUUCUAAGUAGAAACUGUGAACUUGUAGACACUCUUUGUGUUGAAGUUAUUCAAUGAUAAUUAGGGUCAAAGAAGUUUGAUGCAGUAAAUAGCAUCCGUAGAAGGAGACCCCAUCUUACUUAGAUGGUCAAAUAGAAUUUAUUAUGGUAAAAAUAUGUAAUAAUGCUCUGUGUAAGAGUGGUACUUGAUGUUGAAAUGUAAAAAGAAAUCCAUUGUUAUCAACA